ACUAGAACUGGUCUCGCGGCAGAGCAGGUCAUACGAGGACGGCUGCUGCUGAAAAAUGGCAGAAAAUAAAUUCAUCCUCCACAAAGUCGCUGCUUUGAUUUUAGCAGUUUGCGUCGACCUGUCCUUGUUUUACGCAUCGGGACUGGUAGUGACGCACGGCGUCUUUGGACAUCUUGUCCGUCUCUGGGUUUCUGCGGCUCUCCGGUGUGUGGCACUAACUGCUGUAUGUCUGCUCACAAUCGGACACUUCAGGCCGUUGCUGGUUCGUAUUAUAGCUGCGCACAGUCUGCUCCCCGCGGUGUUUGAGACCGGGACCAAGGCGCUCUACCAUGAGGAGAGCCAGUGCGGCCAGCUGGCGGGUAUGCGCUGCUGGCUGCUGUGCACCGCAGCGUCGCUGGCUGCCGCACUGUUUUGGGAGAUCACCAUCCCGGACACCGACGAAGCGGCCGCCGGUAAAGAGACAAAGCAGAAGGCUAGAGAUCUGUUUAUGAGAGUCCUCCGGCUGUUCAGACCCGACUAUCCCCUGCUGCUGGGAGGGUUUGUGUUCUUGUCCCUGGCUGUUCUCUGUGAGAUGUUCAUCCCGUUCUACACUGGCAGAGUCAUUGACAUCUUGGGUGGUCAGUUCCAGCAGAGUGAAUUUAUAUCUGCACUGCUCUUCAUGGGCCUGUACUCUCUGGGAAGCUCUGUGAGUGCAGGCUGCAGAGGGGGUCUUUUACUUUGUGCCAUCAGUUCCUACACAUGCAGAAUGAAAGUCAAACUAUUCGAGGCUUUGACCAAACAGGAAAUUGGAUUCUUUGAGACCAUAAAGACAGGUGAAAUCACAUCCAGGUUGUCUAAGGACACCACCCUGAUGGGAAGAACAGUGUGCCUGAAUGUCAACGUGCUGCUGAGGACAUUCAUCAAGACGGUGGGUAUGAUCUCCCUGAUGAUGAAUCUGUCAUGGAAGCUGACAUUCCUCGUACUGAUGGAGACACCAAUCACUGGCCUCAUUCAGAACAUCUACGACACACACUACCAGAGGUUGUCCCUGGCGAUGCAGGGCUCACUGGCUUUAGCAAAUGAUGCAGCAAGCGAGGUGGUAUCCAGUAUUCGUGUGGUACGGAGCUUUAACACAGAAAAACAUGAGGCCCGUCGCUAUGACGACCGCUUGAUGGACACACAUGCCCUCAAGACUCGCCGGGACAUAGUCUCGGCUGUUUACCUGCUGGCACGGAGGUUGACAGGGUUGGGCAUGCAGGUCUUCAUGUUGUACUAUGGCAGGCUGUUCAUCCGGAGUGGACAGAUGACCACGGGCAAUCUUGUUUCCUUCAUCCUCUACCAGUCAAACGUUGGAGACAACAUAAGGACGCUCACCUACAUCUUCGGUGACAUGCUGAACUCGGUGGGGGCUGCUGGGAAAGUGUUUGAGUACCUGGACCGGAAACCACAAGUCAGCACAGAGGGGAAGCUCCAACCUGAUCAGCUGAGAGGAUGCGUCACCUUCCACCGUCUCAACUUUGCCUAUCCUGCGAACCCCAACAAAACAGUGCUGAAGGAUUUCUCUUUGGAGCUGAAGCCGGGUCAGAUGACGGCGCUGGUGGGUCCGUCUGGAGAAGGAAAAAGCACCUGUGUGAGUCUGCUGCAGCGAUUCUACGAGCCGCAGGAUGGACGAAUCCUAUUGGACAAUGAACCACUGAAGUCCUAUGACCACCGUUACCUCCACAAGAAGGUCGCAGUGGUGAGCCAGGAUCCCGUUCUCUUCUCUGGCUCCAUCAGAGACAACAUCGCCUACGGGCUUGCUGACUGCUCCUUGGAUGAGAUCCAGGAGGCGGCACGCAAAGCCAACGCCCAUGACUUCAUCAAGCAGCUGGAGAAAGGCUACGAUACGGAGGUGGGUGAGGGAGGCGGCCAGUUAUCCAAGAGCGAGAAGCAGCGGAUCGCCGUUGCUCGAGCUCUGGUCAGACAGCCGAGCGUCCUCAUCCUGGACGAAAUAACCAGCUCUCUGGACACUGAGAGUGAAAACAAGGUCCAGCAGGCGCUGGCCAGUUGUCCCAACCAGACCCUUCUGGUGAUCGCCCACAGGCUGAAGACCAUAGAGAGGGCGGAUCAGAUCGUUGUGAUCAGUGGUGGCAAAGUUGAGGAGCGAGGGACUCACCGGGAGCUGAUGGACAUGAAGGGGAGCUACUACAAACUGGUAGAGAAGCGCUUCACUGAGGGAAACUCGCCGCAGUGACAGACUACUGUCACUGUGCGCAUGAUGUAGCUCGACGUGUGUUGUGACAGAGCUGCUUGUGUUUGACAGCAGGACCAGCAGCAGCUGACCUGAUGCAGGAAUUGAUGUAAAUAUUAAAAUUCAGACUGUUUUGUAUAAAUAGUGAAAAUUAAUUCUCAUUUUUUUUUAGAAGUUCUCUGUAUUUAAAAAAAAGCACCUUCACAACUCUGUCAGUAGUAUUUAUAGUAUUAUUUUGUAUUAUUGAUUAAUCAAAUUAAAUGUAUGAGUGAAUUUGAAUGUAAAUUUUCCAUUUCGUGUUCUUGUAUUUGGUAAAUGUGAAUAAAAGUUUGA